CAGUGGUGCCAACUAUUAAUCUUCAAAAUAUUUUGUUCACACGUGCUUGUCAAUUUAUUAACCUUACUUUUUUAAGUACAUUGACGGUGACAAACUUUCUGUUGUAAUUUUUUAAAAAAUGGCUAAAAAAAGGAAGGGACGUAGUGUUAGGAAAAAUGCAAAUGCUAAUACUGAGGCUGAGGAAAUUGUUCAAGCCCCGCAUUCGUUUGUAAUACAUAGAGGACUUCCAGGGGGGCACACUACAGAGCUAACCAAGGACUUUAGAAAAGUUAUGGAGCCUUAUACAGCCUCUUCCUUAAAGGAGCGCAAGAAAAACACAAUAAAAGACUUUGUUUCCAUAGCAGGACCUUUGCAUGUCUCUCAUUUAUCCAUUUUUUCAAGGACAGAAACAGGCAUGUUUCUAAAGAUAGCUAGGCUACCCAGAGGACCCACAUUAUCAUUUAAAGUACACAAUUUCUCUUUGGCCAGGGAUGUUGUUUCCUCAUUAAAAAAACAAAUUGUAGUUGAAGAAGCUUUUAAACAUUCUCCUUUAAUUGUACUCAACAGUUUUUCUGGGGAAGGAUUACAAAUGAAAUUGAUGGCUUCCAUGUUUCAAAAUAUGUUCCCUACCAUUAAUUUAACUUCAGUUGAUUUAAAUACUGUUCGAAGAUGUGUUCUCAUAAAUUAUAAUCCAGCUACAAAACUGGUAGAUUUUAGACAUUAUGUUAUUAAGUUGGUCCCUGUUGGGGUAUCAAAAGGAGUGAAAAAAGUUGUACAAGGAAAAGUGCCUAACUUAGCCAGAUGUAGUGAUAUUUCCGAAUUUUUAACAAAAGCUGGUUUGUUAUCUGAAAGUGAGGCAGAAGAAGACCCGAGCAAUCAUGUUACAUUAUCACAAAAAAUAAUGACCAGGGGAAAUAUGGAAUCAGGAAAAUCUGCCAUUCGUUUAAGUGAAUUGGGACCAAGGCUAACAUUACAGUUAAUAAAAAUUGAGGAUGGUUUAUUGGAUGGUGAAGUACUUUAUCAUGAUCUUAUUCAGAAGACUGAAGAAGAAAAGGUUGAAAUAGAAAAGACACGAGAAAAGAAAAAGAAACUAAAAGAAAAGAGAAAGAAAAUUCAGGAGCAAAACCUUAAAGCCAAAGAUCAAGUUAAGCAAGAUUUAAAAGAAAAAUCUUUAAAAGGAAUGCAAAAGGGAAAGUCUGAAACUGAUAUUUUAAUAAGGAAAUCUUUAAAAGAAGCAAAUGAACAGAUGCCUAUGCAUGAAGAUGAUGACAGGGAAUAUUACAGAGAAGAAGUGGGUGAAGAACCAGACCAAGAUUUGUUUACAUCAAGACACACUGGUGGAACAAAACGACCUGGCAGUUUCCAAAGUCAUAAUAACAAAAGACCAAGAAUGGAUAAUGACAAUAACGAUUCUUCCUCAUUUAAAAAAAGUAGAUUUGACAAUAAAUUUGAAGGAAAAGACAGAUUUAAAAAGGGCGGAGGAAAACCAUUUAAUAAAGACAUUGACAAUAAAUUUGAAGGAAACAACAGAUUUAAAAAAGGUGGAGGAAAACCUUUUGGAAAAGGAAAUGACAGGUUUAAGAAAGGAGAUGGCAAAUUUGGGGAUAAAGGAAGGGGUGGCGAGAAGAAACAAUUUGGAAACAACAAAUUUAAGAAAGGAGGCAGUAAGUUUGGAGGAAAGGGCAAAGGAAGAGACAAAACAAACUCGCAAAAUAGGGAUUUCAGACCCAUUGGUGGUAAAAGCAAAUUUAAAGGAAAAAGGAAAUAAAGUACUAUUUCAUAAAGUUUUAAUAAAC